AGGCGCAUCACUUCCGGUAGAGGGCGCAUCACUUCCGGCACCGCCUCUUCCUCUUCCGGCGUGCCACUCGGUCGUGCUGUCGACCGGGUUCCGACAUGCGUAUAGAGAAGUGUUACUUCUGCUCUGGGCCCAUCUACCCCGGCCACGGCAUGAUGUUUGUCCGUAACGAUUGCAAGGUGUUCAGAUUCUGUAAAUCCAAAUGUCAUAAAAACUUUAAAAAGAAGCGCAAUCCUCGCAAGGUCCGGUGGACGAAAGCAUUCCGGAAAGCUGCCGGCAAAGAGCUUACAGUGGAUAAUUCAUUUGAGUUUGAAAAACGUAGAAAUGAACCUGUCAAAUACCAACGAGAACUGUGGAAUAAAACUAUUGAUGCGAUGAAGAGAGUCGAAGAGAUCAAGCAGAAGCGCCAGGCCAAAUUCAUCAUGAACAGGUUGAAGAAGAACAAAGAGCUCCAGAAAGUGCAGGACAUCAAGGAGGUCAAGCAGAACAUCCACCUCAUCUGGGCCCCUCUUGCAGGCAAAGGAAAGCAGCUGGAAGAGAAGAUGGUGCAGCAGUUGCAACAGGACGUGGACAUGGAGGAUGACUCUUAGGGACCUUGCCGUGUGUGCUCUUUCUGUGCGAUGGUCUCUCGUGGACGCUCAGAGCUUGGAAACGCUUGACCUGUUGGUUGCUGAGUCCGUCCAGUGAGGGCCACCGGAGUCUCUGCUGCGCUGCUGUCUGCCCACGGCCGGCGGUGGUGCUGGUCUCCUCCGUCGUGGCCUCCUGGUAGAUUGUGUGCUUCUCUUUCCUGUAAGGGUAAUGAUUCUGUGUGCAAGUGCAGAGGUGCACAGUGGACGUCAGACGGCUGUGCCAUUUGCAUGAUAGCUUAGGCAGCGUCUGUGUAAAGACUGAUCACCAGAUUUAUAAAAGUGACCGUGAAAUAAACAUUUCUUUGCAUUAAAA